AUUGCAUCUUGAAAAUUACAAUUUUGACUUGUGUCAUGGCGUCUAAAUUGGCACGAUAUUAGCAAAAUUAUUGAUAUAAUAGAAUAAAAUAAUUCUACAAGAAUUCAAAUUGAAAAUUAUUUAGAUAAUUCUAUUAUUCGAUUAGUAUCUGAUUGUUUAGCAUGCGUACACGUUUGUAAGUGAGCGUAUCGCGUCACUGAGAUGCAUCGUCGCCGGGAUGCGCCCGCGCCGGCGUCAGGUCGCACGAAGUUCAUAGGUAAACACGCCGGUAUAUAAACCCCAUGCAGUGUCAACGAGCACACAUUUGUGCCUGUGAUUGCAUCCAGUCCCUUUGUGAACCCUGCCCUCCAUCCUAACACAAUGAUCUCCUUAAUCUUCGUUCUCCUUGCAGCAGUGGCAUACACGACAGUAGAAGCGCAGUCUACUGCCCCUAUUCCCAUCAUACGCUACGAAUCUGAAGGGCCCAACGUUGAUGGAUCAUACAAAUGGCUUUACGAAACGGGUAAUGAGAUCAACGCUGAGGAGUCUGGUUACGUGAAAAACUUCGGCCAAGGCGAAGGCAAGGAGAUACAGACUGCGGAAGGCAAGUUCAGUUACAAAGCUCCCGACGGCACGCUCAUCGCACUCACGUACAUCGCCGACGAGAACGGAUUCCAACCUCAGGGAGACCAUUUGCCGACGCCGCCGCCCAUCCCAGAGGCUAUUCAGAAGGCGCUGGACUACUUGAAGACUCUCCCUCCCAGCAACGAAGGAGCUUCGUCAAACAUCAAGCCACAAUACCAAGCAGCACCCUUUAAAGCAAGACCAAGGUUCUAAGUUUCGAAGUAACAUAAUUUUGUAUACGAACAACGACUAAUUCUCGAUAUCGAGUGAUUUUGCACAUUAUCAUAUCCAUUUGUAAAUACAGAAAUUAAAUAUUAAUAGAUUAUAAAAAAAAUCUUAAUUUUUGAACGGUGACAUAUUGAGAUCUGUUCGUUCUUAAGGUUACUAGGUGUUUGACGUGUAAAUAAUAUUCAAAACGAACAAUACAAUUAAUUAAAAAGAUACGCAAUGAGACAGUUUGAGCUAGUUUGACAACACAUUUUAGGGAAAACCAAUUAAAACUGCGAAGAGUCUUGUUAAUUGACCCGAACAAUACCAUUCUAAUUGUAUGAGAGACCGUCACUGAUGACCUGUUUGAUACAUAAAUUUAGAAUUAUAAAUACCUAUGUUAAACAAUAAGUAGAUAUACUUUAGCAAAUAAAAGUCAUUUUGUAUCAUAAUAAAUGCAAUGUUAUAAAUUUCAAUAAAGGUAUUGAACGUA